CUUACAGGGUUACAGGGGUGCCUAGCCGCAAGCGGGAAUUUGCCCGCGGCUUGGUGGCGGACAAAAAGAAUUCCAGGGACCAGACUCCGGUCGGCUUGCCAUCACAUCACGCGCAAAAACCCUUAUCAGCUUCGAGCUCUUGCGAGCGCCGCUCCUCCAGUCAAUCAUCUCCUUUUACCCUCCGCCACGCCUGCUGCUCCCGUUGGAUGCGCGCUGGGGUGCACGAAAUGAUGAACUCGGUACGGCAUAUGCAAAGAUUCUCUCCAGGCGCCCCGUUGCGGGCACCAGGCUUGCGGAGCGUCCGCUGCACGCCACCUUUGCAGCACCGCUUGCUCUCAUCAAGAACAGCACAAGUCGACAUCUUCGAGAGCACGACAUAUUCCACGAGUGUGCCGUUCCGGCAACAACCAUUCCUACGCUCAUCCCUCCCCGCCGUUGCUAUCCGGCUAGAUAGGCUUCCACCCAGCAGCGCGCGGCCGUUCCACCUCUCGGCCAGGACACAACAAAAGGAGGCGGCAGACAAGGAGACCAAGGCGCAGCCGGAAACCCAAGAAAGCGAGGCAAAAACAGGAUCAGAUCCCCAGCAGGAGGCCAAACAAGAGGCCAAGGAGGGCGAAGGGAAGGCCGACGGCGAGGGCGAGGGCGGGGGCAAGGGGAAGGAGAAGAAGGAGGAUCUCCCUCCGCCGCCGCCCCAUGGCGACAAGACACCAUGGCAGGUGUUCCUCGAAACCAUGCAGACCGAGCUUAAGCAGUCCAAAGAGUGGAACGAGUCGACCAAGGCUCUCGCAUCGUCGGCGAACCAGUUCGUCGAGAGCGAGUCGGUCCGGAAGGCGCGACAAGCCUACGAGGCAACCUCGGGCGCCGUCAGCUCUACGGCUGCCAACGUCGUCAAGUCCACAGCCGGCGCCAUUGGCAAGGGCGCUGCCUGGACUUGGGAGACGCCUGUCAUGAAGGGGGUGCGGAAAGGCGCGAACAUAACGGGCGAGGUGCUGGAUAAGGCGACCAAGCCGAUCCGGGAAACCGAGGCGUACAAGAACGUCAAGGAUGUCAUCGACGACGGAAGCAGCUCCCGGUAUGGCGGCUGGGUCGAAAAGGAGGAGCGCAGGAGGCGGAGGGAGCUGCGCGAGCAAAUGAACAAGAAGAAUGGGGUACACAACCAGGUGUUUGAAGCGGAUCCCAAUGCCGGAACCAGCAUCACGGUCCACAAGGAUGCCGCGUGGAAGGAGGCCUGGCGGGCGUUCAGGGACCAGAACAAAUUUGUACAGGGACUCUUCGGCAUGAAGACGGUGUACCAAGAGUCGGAAAACCCCCUGAUUUCGACGGCUCGGAGCAUCACCGACCGGGUGGCCGGCUUCUUUGCCGAGAACGAGACGGCCAUGGUGAUCAAGAAGCUCCGCAGCAUGGACCCGGCCUUCAAGCUGGAGCCGUUCCUGCAAGAACUGCGCGAGUAUAUCCUUCCCGAGGUGCUUGAUGCCUACGUCAAGGGCGACGUCGAGACGCUGAAGCUGUGGCUGUCCGAGGCUCAGUAUUCCGUCUACGAAGCCUUGACCAAGCAGUACCUUCAGGCGGGCCUCAAGUCUGAUGGCAAGAUCCUCGACAUCCGAGGCGUGGAUAUCCUCCGGGCGCGCAUGCUCGACCCCGGCGAGAUUCCCGUCUUUAUCGUCACCUGCAGAACCCAGGAGGUGCACGUGUACCGCAACGCCAAGACGAACCAGCUGGCCGCCGGCAUGGAGGACAAGGUGCAGCUCGUCACGUAUGCCAUCGGCAUCACCCGCAUUGCCGAGGAUGUCAACAACCCCGAGACGAGGGGAUGGCGACUCAUUGAGAUGCAAAAGAGCGGCCGCGAUUACAUUUGAAGUUUUACCAACCCCAUCAUCUGUGCGACUCCCCAGGAGGGGCCGAAAGUCUGCUCAGUCAGCCUUUAGCUGCUGGUUUCUUUUUUCCCAUUCACUGUGUUUUA